GGCGGCGGGGACCCCAGGGGCUCGCGGCGGCCGGGGGAGGCGGCGCGGACAAAGGCGCGCAGGGCUGCGGGCCACGGCGCCCCAGGCCCCCGCCGCCGCCGCCGCGGGCGUCCGCCAGAUGCGCCCCGGAACGCGCGGAGCCGCCGCCUGCGGGGAGGCCACCCGGAGCCUCCCUCGAUGCUGACAUGGUGGCCCUAUGCAGGCAGGCCACAGGCAGCCACAGCUGGACUGGAACUCUGAGCUACGGAUUGGCUGACAGGGUCAAGGCAGAAGGUCCAAAGACUGGGCAAGCUCCUAGAAGGCAGCCACUUGGAAGGUCCAUUUCUUUUCCAGAGACUAAUCCAAUACUGCCCGUGGGAAGGAGUCCCCCAAGGAGCCCCCAUAACCUCAUGCUCGAGGCAAGAGUGGACAUGCUUGGCUCCAACAUGACCAUCAGUGGUCCAGCGGCAGACCUCGGUGCUAAAGAGGCCAGCAGGUCCUCAAAGAAGCAGCUCGGUAGUGUCCAGAACGCUGGACUAUCUGCCCGAGCCCAGCCCCAGCCCCUCAGCAUAAAGGACAAGAUAUCCAAGUGGGAAGGUAAGAAGGAGCCGCCUGCUCCUGAGCCCGCCAGACAAACAGAUGGCCAAGAGAACUACUUGCCUCCCUGCGGGGUAGAGAGGAGGGGCAGCGAGGUCACCAGAACUAAGAACGGAAUGAGGGUUGAAACAGAGAGCUUGGAAAAUGCCGGCAGAAAGACAGCAAGAUCUGUGUGUCAGGACACAGAACGGUGGCCAGGCCUGCGGCAGAAUGAUGGACAGCCAGAGCCUGGCCAGCACCGAGGUCUCGAGCUGAAAUGCAGUGACCUGCGCUUUCAGGGCGACCAUCUCUCCGUGCUGAAGCAGGUCAAGAGACUGGAGAAGGCCUUGAAGGAUGGCUCUGCUGGCUUGGACCCCCAGUUGCCGGGGACUUGUUACUCCCCCCAUUGUCUGCCCGAGAAACCAGAGGAGGACCAACCCACCCCCGCGAGCCAUGGAGGUGGGGUCGCCUGGGCAGCUGGCCGGGGGUCCCACCACUUGGAGGGCAGCGAGCCAGGCCCCGAGGUUUCAGAGGAGUGGAAGGACCAGGAGAGUGUGUACAGGGGCUCCAGGAGGGGCCGCCCUAACCCUUCCGUCAACCCCCUUCCCAAGCCCCGCAGAACAUUCAAACACGCUGCAGAAGGGGACAUCCGCUUCAGAAAAGAGAGGAGAACCCUGCCGCCCCUGCCGGCGCCCCCGCCCCCGCCCCUGCCCUCCUCCCCUCCUCCCCCUGCUGUGAGUAGAAGACUGUGGACUGGGAGGCAGAGGCCCAGUGCCGACCACAGAAAGUCCUACGAGUUUGAAGACUUGCUGCAGCCGUCUUCUGAUAGCAGCAGGGCGGACUGGCACGCACAGACCAAGCUGGGACUCACGCGCACUUUAUCGGAGGAGAACAUCUACGAAGACAUUCUGGAUCCACCUAUGAAGGAAAAUCCUUAUGAGGACAUUGAGUUACACAGCCGCUGCCUAGGCAAGAAAUGUGUCUUGACUUUCCCUGGACCGCCCACCUCUCCCAUCCCGGACACUUCCACCAAGCAAUCCUUGCCCAAGUCCGCGUUUUUCCGGCAAAAUUCAGAGAGAAGAAACUUCAAACUGCUGGACACUAGGAAGCUGAGUCGAGAUGGAACUGGGUCCCCAGUGAGGGCCAGCCCUCCUUCUACACCCAGCAGCCCGGAUGACACUUUCUUUAACCUUGGAGACCUACAGAAUGGCAGGAAGAAGAGAAAGAUCCCCAGGCUGGUGUUGAGGAUCAAUGCCAUUUAUGAGGCCCGCAGAGGAAAGAAGCGGAUGAAGAGGCUCUCCCAGUCCACAGAGAGCAACUCAGGAAAAGUGACAGACGAGAACAGCGAGUCGGACAGUGAUACUGAGGAGAAGCUGAAAGCUCACAGCCGGCGCCUGGUCAAUGUGAAGUCUCGCCUCAAGCAGGCCCCUCGGUACUCAUCGCUUGACCGGGACCUCAUUGAGUACCAGGAGAGGCAGCUCUUCGAGUACUUUGUGGUCGUGUCUCUGCACAAGAAGCAGGCAGGGGCUGCCUAUGUGCCAGAACUCACCCAGCAGUUUCCUCUGAAGCUGGAAAAGUCCUUCAAGUUCAUGAGAGAGGCUGAGGACCAACUGAAGGCUAUCCCUCAGUUCUGCUUCCCUGAUGCCAAGGACUGGGCUCCCGUCCAGGAGUUCACCAGUGAAACGUUCUCCUUUGUCUUAACUGGAGAAGACGGGAGCAGACGGUUCGGAUACUGCCGAAGACUGCUGCCUGGAGGCAAAGGGAAGCGGCUUCCUGAAGUUUAUUGCAUUGUGAGCCGCCUGGGAUGCUUCAGCCUCUUUUCCAAGAUCUUGGACGAGGUGGAAAAAAGAAGAGGUCUCUCUCCCGCUCUGGUGCAGCCCCUGAUGAGGAGUGUCAUGGAAGCCCCUUUCCCAGCCCUGGGCAAAACCAUCGCUGUCAAGAACUUCCUGCCAGGCUCGGGGACGGAGGUGAUUGAGCUGUGUCGCCCACUGGACUCCCGGCUAGAGCACGUGGAUUUUGAGUCUCUGUUCUCCUCCCUCAGCGUCCGACACUUGGUCAGUGUUUUUGCCUCCCUGCUUCUGGAAAGGAGGGUCAUCUUCAUUGCAGACAAACUCAGCACACUGUCCAAGUGCUGCCACGCCAUGGUGGCACUGAUAUACCCCUUCAGCUGGCAGCACACCUACAUCCCGGUGUUACCGCCCUCCAUGAUUGACAUAGUGUGCUCACCCACUCCGUUCCUCAUCGGGCUGCUCUCCAGCUCCCUGCCACUGCUCAGGGAGCUGCCACUGGAAGAGGUUCUUGUAGUCGAUCUCAUCAAUGAUCGGUUCCUCAGACAGAUGGAGGAUGAGGAUUCCAUUCUGCCCCGGAAGCUUCAGGUAGCCCUGGAACACAUUCUGGAGCAGAGGAAUGACCUGGCCUGUGACCCGGAUGGAGGCCCGCUGGGCUAUGGUCAUGGCCCUGAGUCCAGCCCCCUGAAUGAGGUGGUGUCGGAAGCCUUUGUCCGAUUCUUUGUGGAGAUUGUGGGCCACUACUCCUUGUUCCUGACUUCGGGCGAGGAGAGGAGCCUGCAGCGAGAGGCCUUCAGGAAAGCCGUCUCCUCUAAGAGCCUGCGAUGUUUCCUGGAAGUCUUCAUGGAGACGCAGACUUUCCGUGGUUUCAUCCAGGAGCGGGAACUGCGCCGGCAGGAUGCCAAAGGUCUGUUUGAGGUCCGUGCCCAGGAAUAUCUGGAGACCUUGCCCAGCGGAGAGCACAGUGGAGUCAACAAGUUCCUCAAGGGUCUGGGCAACAAAAUGAAGUUUCUCCACAAAAAAUAACCCUCAUCUCGGCUCAAGGACAACCUCUUCCACUGGGACCAUUCAUUCCUGACAGAGUUCUGACAGGCUGUGGGCCGUCCCCAACUCCCCCAGGAUGGGGCCUGUGAGCUGGGCAGGUGGCAGAUGCUCAGGACAGCCCCGGAAGGGGCCUGCCAGCAUGCAGCUGUGGUUACUGUGGUUGGUUCUGGCAUCUCUAUAUCUUAGAUAUUAAAAGACAUGAAGAAAGGCAUUUGGGGUCUUCAUUCUGUCUUGCCAGGGCUGAGGAAAGUCUCUCCUGCCCCCUCUCAUCUUUUCUGGGUCAACCUGUUGAGAGCUGUGGGCCCGGGAGGAGGCAGGGGGGAGGAAAUUGGCUGCCACCCGAGUUAUCUGGAGACCUGGAUGCCAGCCACCCCUGUACUUCCCAACUGCUCUAUGAUGCCACCUGGUGGCAGAAACUGGACUUCGCUGGUCUUGACUGGGUUUGUUUUGUUUUGUUUUUGUUUUGCGUUUUCCAAGGAAGUCACAUAGAACUGUUCUAGCCUGUGGCGUUUAGGGACACAUAAAAAGAGGAAACCUUGCUAAUUGUUAAUAAAAUGUUCUUAGGGUCCUGAAAUGUAUAUUUCCUGCGGCCUAACCCCUCUGCUGCGAACCUACUCCUCGCAGUGAAGGGAGGGGGGCCUCUGUAGCUGCUCUCUUACUGAGCGGGAGGGGUCACAGGCAGCUGACCUGUGGGGGACAGUGCUCCGCAAGCACGGGAAGGUUCUCAGGCCGGCCUCCGGCUACCACGCCUCCACUGGCACUGGGCCCGCAAUGCCUGCCACUUCUGGACCCCUGGCCUGGAGUGGGGCAGAAUUGGUAGGGGAGUGUGGCUGAGGGCUGGGGGAACCCUGAGUAAGAAUGUGAGCUGGGGCUCACACAAUAGUUAACUUUACUGACUGCAGUAUUCUGUGUAUUUUUAUAUUGCCCCUAAGUGAUCACUUUCAGUAUUUUGAAAUAUACAUUCUUUUCUAACUUAUUUUCUAUUAUACUGUUUUACUACAAGUGAAUGAAUAAAUAAAUAUCUUUAUCAACA